GGCCCCUCCGUGUCUCCGCCCCGCGGCGGGGCGGGGCUGCCGGUGCCAGGCCGGUCGGUACCGUGUGCGGCCUGGCCAGCGCGCCCGCGGAGGGCGGGCGGAUGCCUCACAGGACUGAGCUGUAUGAGGAUCCACCAUCAGCAUGCUGGCCUAUCGUCUAUUCUCCAGACUACAACAUCACCUUCAUGGGACUUGAGAAACUGCAUCCAUUUGAUGCAGGGAAAUGGGGAAAAGUAAUCAAUUUCCUGAAAGAAGAAAAGCUAAUUGCAGAUGACUUGAUUGUACAGGCACGGGAAGCCGCUGACGAAGAUCUCUUGGUUGUUCACACGAGGCGCUACCUUAAUAAGUUAAAGUGGUCGUUUGUUGUGGCUACAAUCACAGAGAUUCCACCAGUUGCCUUUCUGCCCAAUUUCAUUGUCCAGAGGAGAGUUCUGAGACCCCUGCGAACCCAGACAGGAGGAACAAUAAUGGCAGGAAAACUUGCUGUUGAUCAAGGUUGGGCAAUCAAUGUGGGGGGUGGUUUCCAUCACUGCUCAAGUGACAAAGGUGGAGGAUUUUGUGCAUAUGCUGAUAUCACCCUGGCUAUAAAGUUCUUGUUUGAAAGAGUCCAAGGGGUGUCCAAAGCCACAAUCAUUGAUCUGGAUGCUCACCAGGGGAACGGCCACGAGAGGGACUUCAUGGACGACCAUCGGGUCUACAUCCUGGAUGCCUACAACAGAUACAUCUACCCAGGGGAUGGCUUUGCUAAACGUGCCAUCAAACGCAAGGUGGAACUGGAGUGGGGUACAGAGGACACAGAAUACCUUCAGAAGGUGCACACUCACGUGGAAGGAGCCCUAAACGAAUUAAAGCCUGACAUCAUUGUGUAUAAUGCUGGGACUGAUGUUCUGGAUGGAGAUCCCCUGGGAGGACUUGCUGUUUCCCCUCAGGGCAUUGUGAAGAGAGAUGAAGUUGUGUUCAGGGCUGCCAGGAGCCGCAGAAUCCCCAUCCUGAUGGUGACAUCUGGAGGCUACCAGAAGAGGACAGCGCGGAUCAUUGCCGACUCCAUCCUCAACCUGCACAGCCUGGGGCUGAUCGACAAGGAGCUAGCAACCGGUGGGGCUGGAAACCCCAAGGUAGAGCAGAUGAUUAGAGAUUCUGCUAAAGACUUAUGCAACUUGUCACUGCAGUGACAAGGUCCUGGAUUUUAGGGAACAGCUUCCUGGGUUAGGAGCAGGAAGUCUCCGCAUUGUUACCGGGGUUAGCAGAACAUCCUUCAAAGGCUCAGCAUGCCUGUAAAACACCACAGUAGGGAUCAUGAGCAGCGUCUAACUCCUGGAGCAAAGCAACAAAUCCUCUUAAGCUCAUUGAGACCUUUCCUCACAGCUGCUGCCUUUUGGCUUCUAACAUCACUGUCAAAAGCUUGACCUGCUUCUUUCAUUGCUAGGGGUACUCCAUGAUGUGGAAAGAACUGUGCCCAAAGACUGCCCAGGCUUCCUUCAGAUGAUGCCGUUUGGACUGUGGUGGGAGAAAUAGGAACUAAGCCUACUGGCAUCUUGUGCUGUUUGGUUGGGGGUUUUUAGCUGCUGCAUUGUAUUUGUUGCCUUUUAAAUGGAAAUGUUGUUAGAAAAGGCGUUCUGGGCAGGCUUCACCUCUUGGUUUAACACUCAAGUGAAGUGCAAUAGUAUCAAACCAGUUCAGCUGGGAAGCUUUCAAACCACAGCCUAUGACAACAAGAGAUCAUUAAUUUCUGGUUUCCGGCUUUUGUUGGUAGUGACUUAAAUGCUCUUUAUAAACACCCUGAGAAGUAAACUAGGAAAUGCCCUUGGCUGGGUGUGAAAAUGAGGCAGGAGGGCUCAGCAUUAGCACUCUGGGCUUUGUCUCUCCUGAAAUGAGGCCUGCCAUGUGAAACACCAAUGGUUACUAUGCAUUGUAGAUCACAGAGAAGCUACAACAAAGUCAAAGCUAAUUUCAGAGUUCUGCAAGUCCUUGCAGGAAAUCUUCAGUAGAAGCCUAGGGUAUCUUUCAUUGUUGUCAGCUUGUCAGCUACAG